UUCCAUAGAUUGAUUAGUACUAGCAAGUGAGAACAAGAGUGUGCAGUGGCAACGAUGAGGAGAUCCGUCGUCCUCUCAUUGUGCUUCCAUUUGGCUCUUGUCAUGGGAUUCCUGGCUUGUGUUCCUAACCUUGCCAACGGACGUCCGAUUCAACCAAGAUCUGAUCCAAAGACAGCUCCAGACCCAAAGCCUGAACCUGACCCAGCACCAAAACCACAACCAGAAACAAAACCUUACCCUCAACCUAACCCACAGCCUGAUCCAAAACCUGCGCCGCAACCUGAUCUGGAAGAAGGCCCCCAGCCUGACCCACAGCCUGACCCGAAACCAACACCACAACCUGAUCCAAAACCCAACCCACAUCCUAACCCACAACCUGAACCGACCCUAGAUCCCAACCCUGAGCCAAAGCCCGAACCCAAGCCUGAUCCUAGCCCUAACCCUAGGCCAAAACCUGAUCCAAAGCCAGAGCCGCAACCUGAUCCAAAGCCAGGGCCGUCGCCUCAGCCGAAGCUUCCGUCUCUUUCACCAGCCAUCGCCAUAAUCAUGCCCAAUAACUAAUGAGGAGUCGACCGAUCUAUUAUCUCGCUAUAUGUAUGAUACAGCAUAUUACUUUUGGUAGGUACUAGUACGGUGACUCUGUAUGUGCGCAUGUUCUUCACUUGCUUGUCCACGUAGCUAUAUAAAUCUAUAUGUAUUUUCUCUAUGUGACUCUGUUUGAAUGUGCGCUAUGUAUGUAUGUACGUACCUAUGUACUUCGUACCAUCAAUAAAAAGAGAGGUAUCUCUAUGUUACUAUUUUUUUUUUGGCUUUUGUUGUUGCCUUUGUUAUGAUGAUGAUACUCAGGGAGAUGGAUCUGCUUCCGAUCCAAACAGAGAUGGAUCCCUUUCGUAAAGAUU